AUGAAACGCAAGGCUGACGCACAGGCCGACAAGAAGGCCUCCAAAAAGAAGAGGAGCAAGUCUGUUCUCUCGGCCGCUGACGCCAAGUCGCGCUUCCGCGAUGGCCUCUUUGACCAAGAGGUCCUCCAGUCCUACACCGACGAGUAUGCCACCUCGAGCCCGUACAAACAUGCCGUGAUCCACAAGCUCGCCGACGACAAGCUCCUGCGCAGCGUCCGCGACGAGAUUCGCGAAAACGUCUCCUUCACGCCCAAGGAGACGGACAUUUACAAGAUCCACCAGUCGGGCGACCUCGCCAACCUCGACGGCCUCGACAAUGACGCCCUCGCCAAGCUGCCGUCGCUGCUGGCCCUCCGCGACGCCAUGUACUCCGAGACGUUCCGCCACUACGUCUCCCACAUCACCGGCUGCGGGCCCCUGAGCGGCCGCAAGACGGACAUGGCCAUCAACGUCUACACGCCCGGCUGCUACCUGCUCUGCCACGACGACGUCAUCGGCUCCCGCAAGGUCAGCUACAUCCUCUACCUCACCGACCCCGACGUGCCCUGGAAGCCCGAGUGGGGCGGCGCCCUGCGCCUCUACCCCGUCGACGAGAAGGAGGGCGCCGGCGGCGAGGUCGCCAAGACGCCCGCGCCCGAGUUCGCCAAGGUCAUCCCGCCCGCCUGGAAUCAGCUGUCCUUCUUCGCCGUCCAGCCGGGCGAGUCCUUCCACGACGUCGAGGAGGUCUACCACGCCGCCUCGCCCGCCGAGCUCGCGCGCCAGGGCGGCCGCGUGCGCAUGGCCAUCAGCGGCUGGUUCCACAUCCCCCAGCCCGGCGAGGACGGCUACGUGCCCGGCGCCGAGGCCAAGCUCGCCGCCAACUCGGGCCUCAUGCAGCUCCAGGGCAACCCCGACCAGCACGACGCGCCGCGCGCCCGCCCCGUCGCCGUCCCCGACAAGACGGCCCCCGGGCUCGACGACUUUGACGCCGCCGACCUCGACUUUCUCGUAAAGUACAUCACCCCGACCUACCUCACGCCCGACGCCCUCGAGCAGAUGGCCGCCCACUUUGACGACAACUCGUCCAUCACGCUGCCCAACCUGCUCUGCAACAAGUUUGCCGCGCGCCUGCGUGCGUACGUCGAGGCGCAGGAGCAGGAGCAGACGAAAGACACCAAGAAGAAGAAGAACAAGAACAAGAACAGCGACACCUCCGCCUGGCUCGUCGCCAAACCCCCGCACAAGCACCGCUACCUCUACCAGCAGCCCGCCGACCUGCGCGCCGCCCGCGACGAGUCGCCCGUCACGGAGCUCCUCGACGUGCUGCUGCCGAGCCGCCAGUUCCGCCAGUGGCUGCAGACGGCGACGGGGUGCGUCGUCGAGGGCCACGACCUGCUCGCGCGCCGGUUCCGCCGCGGCCAGGACUACACCCUCGCCACGGGCUACGCCGGCAAGCCGCGCCUCGAGAUGAACCUCGGCUUCACGCCGACGGUCGGCUGGGGCGACGACGAGGGCGGCGACAGCGAUGACGACGAUGAGGAAGACGAUGAGGAGGAAGAGGAACAGAGGAGCAAAAAGGGCAAGGGCAAAGCGAAAGCCAAAGACAGCAAGAAGGAAAAGCAGCAGCAGCAGCAGCAGCAGCAGCAGGAAGAGCAAGAAGCCCCCGAGGUCGGCGGCCACGAGGUCUACAUGGCCGGCGACGACGAGGAAGACGACGACGACGCGGACGAGCAGGCGAAAAAGGACAAGAACGACGCGGCCGUGUACAAGUCGAGCGGCGACGAGGACAACAUUCUCUUCUUCCAGGCCGCCGCCUGGAACAAGAUGACGCUCGUGCUGCGCGACAGCGGCGCGCUCAAGUUUGUCAAGUACGUCAGCCAGAGCGCGCCGGGCGACAGGUGGGACGUGUCCGCCAACUUUGACGUCGAGGAGCAGGACCUGCCGCCGGGGGCUGAGGGGGACGGUGGUGCGGCCGGCGAAGACGACGAGUCGGAGGAGGAGUUCCAGGGCUUCUCGGACCGUGACGAGAGCGAGUCGGAUUGA